GCAGAAGGGCCCACAGAGGAGGCUGCAACCAUACCCAGCAACACAGAUCUAUAUACUUCCUGUCUACUUCCGGCCAUUCUGCUAAUGCUUCCGUCUAACACGGACAGUCCAUGAAAUUGAGUUCACGUGAUCUCGUUCACAAUCCCCUUCCUCUACUAUCUAUGUUUAAACAUUGUUCUAGUGUUGCUUCAAGAAUGAUCAGUCGAUUGCUGUUUAUUUGGGGUGUCUCCUUUCUGUUGGUCCAAGGCCAAACCGGAGAGAACGAGGUUUUUGAUAUAUUAUAUGAGGCCCCUCAAAACAUUAGCGCGCCCAAAGGCUUCAACAUGAGUGUUGUUUGCCGUGGAAACGGGAAAAUUGUGUGGGAUUUCAACGACGUUCAAGUCAGAGGAGAUAUGAGAGUUGCAGAUUUUCGGGAUAUAGGAAUCUUCACAAAUAUUGAUCAGUUCAAUGAGUCUACAACGGUGAUUCUGGCGUCAGAUCUAACUGAUAACUAUCGUAUGGUUUGUCGAAUAGAACAGGGAAAUGUUGUUACUGGAGUCAAAUUUCAGCGGAGUUCUCCUGCGUACUUCAGUGUUUUUGGGAUGCCCUCUGCCCCUUCGAACCUCGAUAUAUCCACUCUAGGUCAAGAUUUCGUUCUAUCGUGGACUCCUCCAUUGAUUCGUGACGGGGAAAAUAUCACGUAUUUAGUCACGGUGCGGAAUGGAGACGAGUCACGCAUGACCACCGCUCUGAGUUCACCGUUCACCUUUAGUGAGAACCUUGGAGAGAGAGAUUGUCAAUCGUACGGGUUCACCUUGGUCUCCAUGAAUCAAGUUGGGCUCAGUACCAAUGGUGUCUUUGGGAGUAGAAUAGUGCCUACGAAUCCUCGGAUAAUCAGGAGCAGUGAAGUCAUGACAACUGUUUCAUUGGCUGGUGGUCCUAGAGCAACACUUGUGUUUAAUGCCCCUGCCCCGUGCUCAGACUAUCCUAUCACUGGAUACCAAGUUGCCUACAGUGCCUACAGUGACCCUAAUGACCUCUCGGUACCUCAAGAACAGCGUCGGACUCUUGCUUUCCCGCGCACUCAAACCCAGUUAGGUGACGUCAUCGAAUUGGGCACCUCUAACGGACUAGAGAUUGAUAGAUUGGUGCUGGUAGUAAUUACAGCUGUCAACAGUGCAGGGGAUACAGAAUCAGAGGAGAUUACGUUCCGAACCACCAGUGCCCAGUCAGCCAGUGUCACCAUCAACGACUCCUACAUUGGGACAGUCUCCUGUGACUUUGCCCCAGGCUCUACCGCCCAAGGCUGUAUGGUCUCGUUCACUCAAGUCGAUUCCAAUGGCAACGAAACGUUCCUCUUCAACCUCAACAUCAACAUAAGUCGGCCAACUGUCAAUGAUGUAGUUUUCGAGGAGGUUCCCGAUGGUUCCGAGAUUGUGUCUACGGUACGAGAUGUGCUAUCAGACGGUAGUCUUGGACUUGUCUCAGCCCCUGCUAGUGUGAUAGGACCGUUCACACCAACUACCCAACCACCCACGAUGAUAUCCAUCUCCACCGGCAGCCCCUCCAUUAGCCCACCGGUCUCACCCACACCACUAUCACAAGAGACCCUAUACAUUAUCAUUGGUGCUGGAGCUGGAGGUCUUCUUCUGCUCCUAUUGCUCGUUGUCCUCAUAGCGUGUUGUAUCUGCUGCUGCUGCUCCUCUAAACGCAGGAAAGCAGUGUAUAUGACUGACCCAAGAGCCGCAGAUGAACUCAGUGGUAACCAAGCCUACGGUGGCCUCCAACUCACAGGUGCCAAUGGAAUAGAUUCUCGGAGUCGAAACAACACGUAUAUUGCGAAGGGGAAUGGGGAUAUAACCGUGAGCGGAGUAGGCCCGACGUACGAGACAAUCGACGAUGCCAAGAAAGCAGCGCUAGAAAUGAAAGCGUCCAAUCCGAUUUACGCAACAGCAAAUAACGGUUCCCAAGCCAACCUUAUCGAAGGCUCAAAAACAAGCCUUGUUCCCAAUCCUGUCUACGCUGAUCCCCAGAACCAGAACCAGAGCCAGAAUCCAGCUGUUUCUGCCCUGAAUCCAAUCUAUUCUGGUGUUGGAGGAAACUCUACCCCCAUCUCAGUAGUUGGAGGACCAGCCCCUCAUCACAAUCCUGACUUCCCAUAUGUCUCUGAUACUCCACUGACCCCCAACCACGUCCCUCAACCCUCGGCUAACGGGGACCCCUCCCGUACCAACGGCGGACCACCUCACUCUCAAUCCACGGGGCUCCUGAAUCAAUCGGAGAGUACGGAUGUGGUACCACCGUAUGCCGACCCUGCGUACGCCUAUGCAGAGGUCAGAGGUUACUCAGGUGUGAGGGUCAGAAAUGCUGUGUCCUCAUCUUCGGAUCAAGAGAAACAAGCUCCGCUUCGAAGAAAUGAGUCGUACGGAAUGCUGACUACUAGUGCGUCACCGUUGACAACGUCACCCCCUCCGCUCCCCCCUCCAUUACAAGAAGACACAGUGAAUUGACCGUGCCCUUGUCAUCUUAUAAAUUACUGCAUAUUUGUACAAAACUGAGUUUAUGUAAUCUUGUAUACUUUUCAAUCAUUUUGUCUACCCACCAUCCCCAUGCACGUACUGUUACAUGUAGUAGUUUUCGAAUAUAAAUUAUCAUAAUUUUAUAUUGAAUAAUUUAUUUUUGUUUUUAUUUGGUAACAUACAUUAAUUUGUGUACAGUACAUCACCUCACCUCCCCUGCACCUCCAGUGAGAGUUCACUUUUUGAUAUGUGUGUUAUAACGUUGUAUUGCAUG